AUGGAAGAAGACAUUAUAAUAGAUAAUAAUGGCGAAAACUGUGAAGCUUCUCACAUGGAUGCAGAAGAUACCAAUAUAUUUACGUAUCCUACACUGUUUAGUAGCAAAACCUUAGUAGAAUUGUGCAAUUCUUCUUGGUCGAGAUCUCAAAACGCGAAACAGAAUGUGCAGCCGUAUUUACGAGGAUGUAAAUGGUCUCCAGACGGUACUUGUUGUCUCACAGUGGUUAACAGUGACGGAGUUCAUGUAACAGAGCUACCAAGAGAUCUUUACUCCGGAUCUGUAUCCCCUGAUCGGACAAUUAAUAUAUUGGAUUCGGUCAUUCACGUUAAAGAGGCAGGUCUUGUCUAUGAUUUCUGUUGGUAUCCUGGUAUGAACAGUGGCAUACCUGAGACUUGCUGUUGGUUGACAACUCGUCAGAAUGCACCGCUGCAAAUGUGGGAUGCUUUUGAUGGUUCUUUGAGGUGUUCAUACCGAGGCUUCAAUGCAGUGGAUGAAAUGGAACCAGCACUCUCGGUCACAUUUAGUAGCGAUGGAGAUAGAAUUAUAGCUGGAUAUAAGAAAUAUUUGAGAACUUUUGAUGUUGAGAGACCAGGAAGAGACUUUGCAGAGCAUAAGAUCAAUUCACCGGCUUCUUGUUUUGCUACACAUGAAAAUUUAUUGGCUAUGGGCUCAUGGAAUACCACUAUUACUUUAUAUAAUAUUAGUGAAUUUGGAACAUAUAAGAGUAUUGGGAAAAUGCAUGGCCACUCAGGGGGCGUCACUCACUUGAAGUUUACUCAAGAUGGACAAAAAUUAGUAUCGGGAGCAAGAAAAGAUCACAGGCUACUAGUUUGGGAUAUUCGUUAUUAUCAAAGGCCGCUCAAUAUAUUAAGUAGAGUCGUUGACACAAACCAAAGGAUAUAUUUUGAUAUAUCACCAUGUGGUAAAUACUUGGUUACUGGAGGUACAGAUGGCAUAAUAAAAGUAUGGGAUGCCGAUAAUAUUGAUUGGAUAAAUAGAUUAGAUGUUACUGAUGAGAAAGAUAAUGCGACAUACAGGUUUCCAUUGCAUAAAGACUGCUGCAAUAGCCUAUCAAUACAUCCAUUAAGACCAAUAUUAGCUACUGGCUCCGGUCAAUAUCAUUUUGAGGACCCUAUCCAGGAUUUGGAAGAGAAUUUCGAAGUACAUGAAGAUAUUACUGAGCCUGAUAAAGGAAUAAGGAAUGAUAAAUAUUCAAAAAUUGCUGAAAAUAGCUUAGUGUUUUGGUGGAUUGGGGAUGUUCCUCAAGUAACUUAG